AUGCUCAUGUAUUUGGAUGUCUGCUAUUACAUUUUCAUCCUGAUGGCUCACAUGAAGUCUUGCUGCAGCUGGUCGGUGAAUAACUUCCUGAUGACUGGCCCAAAGGCCUACUUAAUCUACUCCAGCAGUGUGGCCACAGGGGCUCAAAGGGGCAUCGAGGAGUGCAAGUAUCAGUUCGCCUGGGACCGCUGGAACUGCCCAGAGAGAGCCCUGCAGCUAUCCACACACAGCGGCCUCCGCAGCGCAAACAGAGAGACGGCAUUCGUGCACGCCAUCAGCUCCGCAGGGGUCAUGUACACACUCACCAGGAGCUGCAGCCUGGGCGACUUCGAUAACUGCGGCUGCGACGACACCAGAAACGGACAGCUGGGUGGUCAAGGGUGGCUCUGGGGUGGCUGCAGUGACAAUGUGGGCUUUGGGGAGACCAUCUCCAAGCAGUUUGUGGAUGCCUUGGAGACGGGUCAGGACGCCCGGGCGGCUAUGAACCUGCACAACAACGAGGCGGGACGCAAGGCCGUGAAGGGGACCAUGAAGCGGACCUGUAAGUGUCACGGCGUUUCCGGCAGCUGCACCACGCAAACCUGCUGGCUGCAGCUGCCCGAAUUCAGGGAGGUGGGGAACUACCUGAAGGAGAAGUACCACCGGGCCCUGAAGGUGGACCUGCUGAAGGGGGCCGGGAACAGCGCCGCUAGCCGCGGAGCCAUUGCCGACACCUUCAGCACCAUCUCACGCAAGGAGCUGGUGCACCUGGAGGACUCGCCCGAUUACUGCCUGGAGAACAAGACUCUGGGGCUGCCGGGCACCGAGGGCCGCGAGUGUCUCCGGAAGGGCAAGAACCUGCGGCGGUGGGAGAGGCGCAGCUGCCGCCGGCUAUGCGGCGAGUGCAGCCUGGCCGUGGAGGAGCGCAAGGCCGAGACCGUGUCCAGCUGCAACUGCAAGUUCCACUGGUGUUGCGCCGUCAGGUGCGAGCAGUGCCGCAAGACUGUCACGAAGUACUUCUGUGUCAAGAAGACGGCCGCGGGAAGCACCGAUGGCGCCGGCCGCCGGAAAAGCCUCCGGCUUGAGAAGAGGCAGUGA